AUGGUCUUUCAGCACGAUGCUCGAAUGGAGUUAUCUGAAAGUGCCAGUGAAUCAGUUCCAUUACAAUCAGUUGAUCCUCCGAAGAAACUUUUGCCGCCUUAUCUCUGCAUAUUGAAUCAUGAGGAAUUUCCGAAUGAUCCCGCACGGAAUCGAAAAGGCAGCUCAAAGGAUGUCGAAGCUGUGCGUAAUACUUUCGGAAAGCUAAAAUGUCAGAUUGACGAAAUUCCCAAUCCCACACUGGCUAAGGUUAAGGACACCGUCCGGGCAUUGGCUCUAAAAAGUUUCGCCCAUCUGUCUGCUUUGGUCAUCGUGAUCUUGAGCCAUGGGGACCAAAACGAGAAGAUCUGUGCAUGCGACGGUGAAGAGUACCACGUGGACAGGGAUAUUUUAUUUCCACUCUUCGAAAAUGAAACCCUGGCAAAUAAGCCAAAAAUCCUAAUAAUCCAGGCCUGCAAGGGCCAUUGGAAGGCGGAUUCUAAGAAAUCCGACCGGAACCCCUCAUCCUAUAUCAAGUGCUACAGCUCGACCGAAGGUUUCCAGAGCUUUCGCCACGUGACAGCUGGAUCGAUUUUCAUUCAAACCUUGUGCAAUGUAAUGAACCAAGACGCCCUCACAAAGGACUUCCGCUCAAUAAUUGAGGAUGUAAACGCAAAGGUCGAGAGGCAAUCAAAUUUAAAUGGAUACAAGCAAGUUCCAUCAAUAUCAUCGACUCUAAGAGAACCAUUCUGUUUUGGAGACUUUGCCCAAAACGCAAAUUAA